AUGGCUCCAUUCUCCAAACCUGAGACCGUGCUAAAACAAGCUGAAGGCCUCGUUUCCGUUGGUCAAACUCAUGCUGCCCUUCAGUCGCUUUCAGAAAUGUUUUCGUCGAAGCGUUUCCGAAGUACCCCGGUCACGGCUUUGGAGCCUAUCUUGAUACGAUUCAUGGAACUUUGCGUGGAAUUAAGGAAGGGAAGGACAGCGAAAGAGGGGCUGAUGCAAUAUAAGAAUCUUGCCCAGAAUACGAAUGUGGGAAGUAUUGAGGUUGUGGUGGGUAGGUUUAUUGAGAUGGCAGAAGGGAAGGUCGUGGAGGCGAAAGAGAAAGCAAGAGAAGUCGCUGCUAAGGAGGUUGAGCUCGGUGGCGGAGCAGCUGGGGACGUUGAUGACCUCGAAGCUCCAUCCACACCGGAAUCCAUAUUACUUUCUUCCGUUUCCUCACCGUCCUCUGCUUCGUCGAUUCACUCGGAUCGCACUUCACGUGCUCUGAUAACACCAUCUCUGAAAUUCCUUUGGGAAUCCUACCGCACAUCCCUCGAAACUCUCAAAAACAAUGCUCGCCUUGAAACGAUAUAUCAAUCCGUGGCUCAAAAAGCAUUCCGUUUCUGUCUUAUUAACAACCGUAAAACCGAAUUUCGUCGUUUAUGCGAGACUCUUCGCCUUCAUUUAGCGAAUGUAGGGAAAUACGCUGCUCAACAGCGCGAGUUACAUGCCGCAGGGGGAGCUGCGACUAGUGCGGGACAUCAUCAGAUCAAUCUAGGGGACCCGGAUACGCUGCAAAGGCAUUUAGAUACGAGGUUCGCACAGUUGAACGCCAGUGUGGAACUGGAGCUCUGGCAGGAGGCUUUUAGAAGCAUUGAGGAUAUACAUAAUCUGCUGACGAUGGCAAAUUCGAUGCCGCAGAUCGUUCAGCCUUUGAAUACCAUUGCUGGCGCCGCUGCGACUACCACUCCUUCCCUUGUCGGCACUACUGCCGCUGGUGCUGGUGGUUCCGUUACUGCCAAUGCAGCUUCCGGUGUUGGCUCCGGGGCUGGAUCGGCACCCGCUUCCUCUUCGUUAACAAUAAAAUCGACAGUGAUGGCCAAUUACUACGAAAAACUCUCUCGCGUGUUCUUGAUGUCUGGCAAUGCCUUAUAUCACGCCGCCGCUUGGGCGAAGUACUAUAAUCUAGUUACGUAUGCUGGUGCGAAGGCCGUUGGGACUGGGGAAAGUAAGGAGGUUUUGGCAGGUAAAGUGAUCGUCAGUGCAUUGGCGGUCCCAGUGGGAAGUGGAGGUUCACCUUCCCAUCACCGUCUCUCCGCCCUUCUGAAUCUUCCUUCUCCUACCUCCGGAUCAGCGACUUCGUCUUCCUCUACCUCGACUUCAUCCACUCAGAACCCGGCUCCAUCCCGAUCUGCACUGCUCUCAUCCGCUCUCUCCCGAGACGUCCUAAAGCUAGCUCCUCCUACGGUUCAAAAACUCUAUCACGCGCUCGAGGUGGAUUUCGACCCGUUGACAUUAUGCGAGAGUGUGGCGCCGUUGUUAGAGGAGUUGGGUGGGGGUGCAUCUACUGUUGCAAGCGCUGAAGAUGCCGAAAACAAAACCGAUGAAGUCAAGGAAGGUGCCACGAAAGAAACGACGCCCUACGCAUCAUAUCUUCCUCUCCUCCAUCAAGCUCUCCUCUCCCGUCUUCUCACACAUCUCUCGGAGGUGUAUUCGUCUAUCAAAAUUUCUUUCCUUAUAGACUUAUUGGCGCCGUUGAACACCCUCAAUUCGACAGAAGGAACCACAGGGACUACAGUAUUUACCCCCGCCUCAAUCGAGAGCUAUAUCAUGUCCUGCGCUCGUCGCGGAGACCUCGAUGUGCGGAUCGAUCAUGCAGAGGGGUCGAUCGUGUUUAUCGAUGAGCCGUUCUCUAUGGCCACAUCGUCCACGGGUACCUCUGCUGAUGCACAAGCCAGUCCUAGUGGUGCAUCUGGUGCUAGUGGUAUAAUUGGAGAAGACGGUGCUACGAUAGACGACGGUUACAAACCUGUCCAACCAAGUGCCACGGCACUUGUCAGGACCAGGCUAAGCAGUGUAGCGGGGUGCCUAUAUCAAUCGUUAAGGGAAUUGGAAGGACAGGGACUUGUUGCGCCUGCACCUUCCCCUCAAUAUUCUGAAGAUUCCACAGAGGAUUCGGCUCAACUUUCUCAAGAAGAACGCAUCAAAUCUCUUCUUACAUCACUGCCAGCAUACCGCAAAACUUUGCUCCUCCAUCAAAGUCUCACCGCACGUCGCCGUCAACUUCAACAAGAGCUCCAUGCCCGAGCGCAGGCGCAAAAUUUGACGAUGCAGGCGGAGGCGCAACGAAGAGCCAAAGAACAAGCUCGUCUCCUCUCGCUCGUUGAAGCCCGCGAUCGUGAAGCCGCAAGGAGAAAAGCCGAGUUAGAGCAGAUUAGAAGGGUGGAGGCUGAGAAGUAUGCCAAAGGUCUCCUUGAAGGUGGUAUGGGUGGUAUCCUGAAAGGUAUGGGUAAAGAGGGGAGAGAGGCUGUCGAGAAACUUACAUCGUCCACUGACCCCAUCGAUACAACGUCCCUCAUCAAAAUGCAAGUCCUCGCGCUCGAACGAGACAAAUCUUUACGUCUUUCCCGGCUCAAGACUAUCUCUAAGCGGAUCGACCACCUCGAGCGUGCUUACCGUGUUUCAGAGAUGCCGUUGCUCAAAGAGGACUACUCUGUCCAGCAAGGAAGGGACCGGGUGGAAUGGGAAGUUAGAGGGAAAGAGAUGAAGGAGGAGGAGAGGAAGAUUUGGGAAGAGGAGAUGGCGACAAAAGCGAGGUUAGCGAGAAUGAGAGAUGAUUGGGAGGAUAGAAAAUCCACCCUCCUCAAACGCAAAGGCGAAGAAUUUGCUCUCCGUCGGGAAAAAGCUCAGCGCAAAAUCGAAUCUGAAAAGUCCAAACGUCUUGCCGAAGUACUUAAACAUCAAACUGAAGUCCGAGCUGCUGCUGAACGUGAGACCGCUCGUCUUCUUGAAAUUGAAGCCGAAGAAAAGGCUGCUCGGGAACGCGACGAGCAAGCUCGCCUUGAGAAGGAGCAAGAGGAAAGGGAACAGAGGGAGAAAGAAGAGGAAGAACAAAGGCAGAAGGAGGAGAGAGAGAGGGAGCAGAGGGAGAAAGAAGAGAAAGAGAAAGAAGAGAGGAGGAAAGAAAGGGAGAAAGAGAGACAGAAGGCGGCGGAGCAGGCGAGACUACAGAGGGAGAGAGAGGAAGAAGCAGAGAAGAGGAGGGCUCAGAGAGCACUAGAAAGGGCACAGGAAAAAGAGCAGGGAUCGCAACGGAAAUCAGUCUUUGGACCCUCUGGUGGUGCUCCUGCUGCUGGAGACGGUGUCAGUCCCGGAGCAGCUCCUGGAGCAGGAGUCUGGCGUCGUCGUGCUGCCGCGGAGACCACUCCUUCCGGUACGCCAGCAAGCUCUGUCCCUGGUACUCCUACCAAAUCAGCAUUUGGUGCACCAAGGGCAUCUGCUGCUGCAGAUAUACCUGCCCGUUCCGAAUCGCCUGCACCUGGUGCUGGGGCUAAAUAUCGUCCUAGUGGAGGUCUUGGUGGAGGUCUCGGCGGAGGUCUCGGUGGAGGAAGGAGUGAUGGAUGGAGAUCUAGACUCGAAGCGAAAGGCAAAGGCGAGGCUCCGCCACCUUCCACGGGUACCGAGGGAGUGUCAAAUGGCCGUGGUGGAGGUAUUGGAUCGAACGUCCCUAGUCGAACCGGUUCCCCUGCUCCUGGUGCUUUUGGUGGUAGAAACGACGCGAAGGGAGGAGAAAAAGGGGAAGCAGAAGAUGGGUUCACGGUUGUCGGUGGGGACAAAAAGAAUGUGUGGAAGUCCAAGAGGGGAGGGUUUGGUUCUUCUUUGGACUUGGAGUCCUGGAAUCCUAUCAAACCAUCACCAAUUUUGGCGUCUGACAGCGAACAGUGGGUAUACCUCAGCCCCGCAGAAAGAUCAAUCAUAUUUCACAGACUUCGAAGCAUAAUGGGAAAGGAAGAGAAAGAUCAAAGUCCAAGAACCGCUUCGACGUCCGAGUCCCAGUCAAAUGAUAAAAGUACUCACUAUGACAGUUCGGAAACUCGAACGAGGGAUCAGGAGACUCUGGAUAAUACUGAGAGGAAUAGUAGACGUGAACCAGGAACAAGCACAUUGCUCCCGGCAUACUUGAGAUACUAUGGUUUCCCAGAAACCAAAACCAUACUUUCGAUGAGGAGUUGGGAGUCUUUGCCGAGUAUGGGCACAUACUCAUCAUACACUCACCCUGCUGGUGCUCCGAUAUUUGAAGUAUCAUGCAAAAUUCAACUGGACGCAGUUUUUUGCCCUUGGUGCCAGGAUUCGGUCAUCCUGUCGGGGGAUCUGAGUUUCAAUGGAUACACUACGAAGCCUUUUUCACAAAUUAUACCUAUAUCAAAGUCUGGAGUCAACAGAUACUAUGAUGAUCGAGAUGCCUAUAAUAGACCGACAGACAGCGCACAGCUUGGAGUCCGUCAACGUCGAAUAUCGAAUCCAUCAGAUAGUGGGCUAGCAGGCAACAUCUCCCUUACGUCUUCAACCUCGUCGGCAACUUCUGAGAAAACACAGGCUUGUGGUCGUCCAAAGUCGAUCUUGAAGAAGGAUAAUCAUGAUAAAGGCGGUUCCAAAAAGAAGGCAGAACUCCUUUCUUUACUUGGCGUAUCGGCCAUUACGGAAACGAUGACGAAAGAAACAUUGUUUACGCUGGAGCCUCCAGAUUUUCGUGUUUUGAUUCUGGCGGCGAAAAAGAAGAAGGCCGGAGAGGCAGUGGUAGAUGCAGGGGCGGAAUGGAUAGACGAUGGGCCGACUCAGACAAUCGGUGGUGGAGAUAUAGCGAUAUAG